UAGUUAAAAUGAACAGUGUGGUAAACUGACUCAAAUUUGCCAGAAAUUCAUGUGAAAGUUUUAAGUGUGAACAGAAACUGUAAUUGCAUCCUCUUUCUACAUCUAAUUUCACAGUUGUGAUUCUCCUCCCAUGCUUACGUACAUACUUUUUGUUUGUGUUUUUAGCAGACAAUCACUUCAGACGUUUCUUCUCUUCUUUGCUCAAGUUCUGUUUUUCCACAAACGGGAAGUAAGUUUUGCUGAGGCAAAGUGGUUUUCUAAUUCAGUGUUUAGAUGUAUAGCAGACUCGAGUGGACAGAGAGGGAAUCAUGAACGCUACAGCUGAUUUUCAGGCAGAUGAGGAGACCGAUCUGGGCUUGGUGGGGGCCUGUGUGAUCCUGGGUGUGUGCUUCCUAGUGGGAACACCUGGGAACCUGCUAGUGGUGUGGACCAUCCUGAAGCAUGUAAAACAGCGUUCACAUACGGUGCUUCUCAUCCUCCACCUGGCAGUCGCAGAUCUUCUGGUGCUGGUCACUCUGCCGCUGUGGAUCUACUCGCUGGCCCGUUCCUGGGUGUUUGGAGAGGCAGCCUGCAAAGCCAUGGUGUACAUCAUCAAUGCCUGCAUGUACAGCAGCGUCUUCAUCAUCACCACCAUGAGUGUGGAGCGCUUCCUGGCCGUCAGAUACCCCUUUGCCUCAGUGGUCUGGAGGAGGAGACAAGCACUGAACAAGGUACUUCUAAUGAUAUGGACGGCUUCAUUUCUCCUCAGUAUUCCCGUCAUUGUAACUCACACUUUGGAAGAAGUUCAAGGACAAAAUCAAUGUCUGUUCAGGGAGUAUGAGACUGACACCCAGGAGGCUGUGUUGCUCAUUUUAGAAUCUCUUAUAGGUUUUGUCAUCCCUUUUUUCACUCUGUUGGUCUGUUACGGCUGCCUCUUCAGUCGCAUAGUGCAGAUGAACUUCAAAUCCAAGCGUAAGUCGACGGUUCUCAUCUGCAGUGUGGUGGUGAUGUUCGCUCUCUGCUGGAUUCCUUACCAUGCAGGGAACUUUCUUGCCCUCAUCUCACUCGCUCUCAAGCAUUCAGACCACGACAUGGCGAAAAGUUUGGAGGACGCCUGCACCACAAUGACCAUUAUAGCAGGAGCCCUGGCAUUCAUCAGUAGCUCAGUCAAUCCAGUGCUUUACGUGUUUGCGGCACGUACCUUCCGCACCUCGCUCCGGGAAACUGGAAUACAGAAGCUCUUCCAGCAUUUGUCCAGUGCAGGAUCAGGUGAAGGGAAUAAAGAGUUAUCAUUUGUGUCCAAAAGACAGAAUUCACACACCACCAACUCACAGUGUCUCACGGACUCAAAAGUGCCUGUAGAUGUGGCUAUGGAAUCAAGCAUCAUUACUUCAGACUGACUUUGUAAGAAGCGUUAUAACCAUUUUAAUGGUUAUUUCUAAAAAAAAGAGUGCUUGAAGUUUUUCAUGUAAUUUUGUAUUUCAGAAUUGUAUUCAAAGGUAAACAUUUUGUACAUUUUGUCAUUUACAUUUAGAUUAAGUCAUUUAGCAGACG